UCUGGUUCUAGAAUGGACUUUCGACCGUCGCGUUCGAGUUUCCAUGAUCAUAGAGAUCGCCGUACUUUUGACAGAUCUUCAACCGCUAUGCCCGAGCUGUCUUUUGCUUCGCACGGCCCGUUACCUAUAGCUUCUCGGUCUAUCAUGAACACUGCUCCGCCACCACUGCCUCCUCCGCCAAGCAUCCCCGACCUGGAGAACGGGUAUGACGCUGGCUGGCACCACGCAAACUCGGAUUCUUCAACUUCUCUCCCUCCUAUUCACCCAAAUUCUAGCUUGCUGGGCGGCCAUCGACGACCCGAGGCUGCGCCGCAGAGUGAUCCUAUGCAAAUCGAUGAUUGUGACGGGAGGCGGAGCGUUCCUGUAUCGCGAAGCCCAAAAGCCCAGAUUAAUAUUGAGCCUCCGGCCACGGAGGGAUUACCCAGUUUAAUAUCAAUCAAUACGAAUCUGCCAGGUCCAGUUCUGAGUGGCGAACGCGAUUUUUCGCUGCGAAGUGUGAAGGAUUCAUCAAAUGCAUACGACCAACACCUAUUAUCGAAAAUUGGGAAGCCUCUUUCGCCACGGGGAUCUAUCAGUUUAGGAACAGACAACCGAGGAUCACUAUCCGCACUCACCGUUCCAUCCGUUCAAUCACGAGGCUCCAACAAUCUCACAUCACCAGGACCAUCAGAAGGAUCAACACUCGACGUGAAAUGGUACAACAGCCCUCAAUCAGGGGGCGUUUCGCCCAGGACGAAGCCCGGAUGGCGAGAACAUCUCGAAGGCCGAAGCCCAAGCGUGGAAAGCAACGCACCAUCAACAGCGCUGGACUACGACCAGGGAUCAAUGCGGGAUAUUGGACGGCGGCGGCAUCGUGGAACGACACCAUCGCGAGAGGACAGCAUCAGUUUACCGAGCCGAUCGAACCGCGGAAGCUAUGACCAUGGCGUGUUUUCGGAUAUAGAGGGGGAGUUCUCGACUGAUGAGCCGGUGCCUCCGCGCCAGUUCAUUCUUCGAGAACCUACUCCGCCGUAUCCGGAUUCAAGGCAGGGCAUGAAGCGACGGGCUUCGUCACCCCCGCGGGAACCUUUGAGUGAUGAGAGGCAUACGCUGCAUGUUGCAACAAGUAAUGGCGAUUUGUCGCAGAGGAGAACGAGCGGUCACCCAUUCACGAAUACGCUGUCUGUCAAUCCCAAUUAUCCCAUUAGCCAGCGGACACUCUCGGCUACUUCAUCUUUGAGCAUCCGGACCUCGGGCUCUUAUUCGUCUACGCUUUCUAUUGGGGGUAGCAGCAUGACUAGCCUUUCGCCGUACGACCAACGAUCUCCCGGCGGCUUUUCCACGAGCUCUGAUCUCGAUACGUAUCACGAAAAAUCAAUUCUCAACCCUAGCUCUCCUGCAGCUCUGGUCCAGCCAACGAUUGCAAGGGCUCUUCCUGGUCCAGCCUCUCUUGAACCGCCGACAACGGAUGCUACCGGCAAACUGUCCGUCCCAACAACGAUCUUGAACAUUCCCAAACCCACAACAUCAAAAAUGGGCGGCCUAUUCAUCUGUGAUUGUUGUCCAAAGAAGCCCAAGAAAUUCGACAACCCAGACGACCUCCGCUCCCACGAAAUGGAAAAACAAUACGCAUGCGCCUACUGCAACAACCGCUUCAAAAACAAAAACGAAGCGGAACGCCACCAAAACUCCCUCCAUCUCCGGCGCCACUCCUGGUCCUGCGCCGCUCUAGUCUCCUUCCAAGCAGCGUUCCACGCCUCAGGCGCCCAAUCAUGCCAAACAAACGCCGGUCCCUCGCAUGAUACAUGCGGCUACUGCGGAGAAGAAUUUCCCAAUUUCCCAUCUGCCGAUUGGGACGCCCGCUUUGAGCAUUUGACUACUGUGCAUAAGUUUGGUGAAUGCAACAAUGCGAAGAAGUUCUUCCGAGCCGAUCAUUUCCGCCAACAUCUUAAGCAUAGUCAUGCUGGCACUAGCGGGAAGUGGACUAACAUUCUGGAGAAUGCUUGCAUGAAGGAGGAGCAGCCUGACAAACCUAGGGACCAGACUGGAAAUGGAAAUGGGGGGCUGUCGUCGAAUGCUAUUUCUGAGGUUUUGAGUGAACAGUGA